AUGAUAAAAUCAACGCUGAUCUACAGAGAAGAUGGACUGCCUCUCUGUACGUCUGUGGACAACGAAAAUGACCCUUCGUUGUUCGAACAAAAGCAAAAAGUGAAAAUCGUGGUCUCUAGAAUGACGCCCCAAUCUGCCACGGAGGCCACACUAGAAAGCGGUUCUUUUGAAAUCCAUUAUUUGAAGAAAUCCAUGGUCUACUAUUUUGUCAUUUGCGAGUCUGGAUACCCAAGAAACCUGGCAUUCUCAUACCUUAACGAUAUAGCGCAAGAAUUCGAACACUCCUUUGCUAACGAGUAUCCUAAACCCACCGUCAGACCGUACCAGUUCGUAAAUUUUGACAACUUCCUCCAAAUGACCAAGAAAUCAUACAGUGACAAGAAAGUCCAGGACAACUUGGACCAGCUAAACCAAGAGUUGGUAGGUGUCAAGCAAAUCAUGUCCAAAAACAUCGAAGAUCUGCUUUACAGAGGGGAUUCUCUCGAUAAAAUGAGCGACAUGAGUUCCUCUCUGAAAGAAACGUCCAAAAGGUACAGAAAGUCCGCCCAAAAGAUCAAUUUUGAUCUCUUGAUCAGUCAGUACGCCCCCAUCGUGAUUGUAGCCUUUUUCAUCGUCUUCCUCUUCUGGUGGAUAUUCCUCAAGUAG